AUGCCCACCACUGGUGCCUCCAGCCAAUGGCCACAUGACAGGUUCUACGGCGUACCGAGGAUCAAUGCACUUCACCUGUGGCUACGGAUACAACCUUGUGGGUGCGAAAACCAUCAGUUGCCAGGCGGACGUUACAUGGGGCGGAAGAGUUCCCACUUGCAAAGCUACAUGCAGAGCUGGCUAUCAACUAAUUGCUCAAACGUGCAUCCGGGUUGGACUUGAAGAAAAGGACUACGAAGACGCGCAGGCGGACUGUGAGAGAGAGGGAGCCACACUAGCCAUGCCGAAAACGAAAGAACUGGACGUCGCUCUGAGAAAUGUGAUUGUCAACAAGUACGGAAAGGACUCCAAGUACUGGAUUGGAUUGAAGGAAUCUGGAUCCUGGCUAUGGGCAGACGGAUCUAGCCUAGAUGACCAUGACCACCAUUAUCAGGGAUGGAAUCCAGGAGAGCCUGCUUCGGGUAUCAAGGCAUGGUUUGAAUCCUCCGACUGUGUGCAAUACUGGUCAGGACCCACGGAUACCCCUAUGUGGGACGAUACUGCAUGCGGUUAUAACCUAAGGUACAUUUGUCAAGAGUCUUGAAAACACCAUGUUCAAAUCAUAACAAUUUUACUACCUUAAAGUUUGUUGAUAAGCUUAUAGAUGCAACAACUUGGCCAGUGCAUGGGUUCCACAAGUAGGUUGUGUUCUGUUUAUAAUCAAAUUUCCAGUUUUAGUUUCUUUGUUGUGGGAGGUUGGUGCAUGGCAUAUCAUGUAUACGUCCUAAUGUAUUUACUGCCUUUUUGGCUACUUGCAUGUACGGCCAUUGCUUUAUCUUUUUUUCAUAUCAAUAGCGUCGUUGAAGCUGAUUUUGCAAUCUUUUUUAUUUGUUCACUUAACAACUUGAAAGCUUAUGACUAAGUCCCAAUAUCAUACAAUAUAUUAUGUUAACGUUUUCAAACUGUCCAUCUUUCCUUUAUAUAUAUUUGUGUCAUUCAGAGAGGUGAAAAUAUUAUGCUUCGAUCACAAUGUUACAAUUUAAUAUGAGCGUAUAAAAAAAUUAACAUCAACGGCAACGUGGAAUAAUCUUAGAUGAAAAUUCUCUAUGAAAUAACUUGGAGAUCUUUUAAUACCUUUAUAAAGUUAUAAAACAAUAUCGCUGUCAAAGUAAGAUUGCUAAGCACAUUUGAUUAGUAUUGCGUAAUAAAACGUAGACAAAAUCCAGUCCAUUCGUCAGUAAUAUUAUUGUUUUAAAUUUUCAACUUUUAUUCCAAGAAAAAGUAGUUUAAGUAUGUCAAUAACCAUUUAUGCUAAUUAGUCUGGAUAACAAAAACUGUAAACAAUAAUUGUAAUUAGACUGUGAUUCGGGAAUGUUUUCUUGUGAAGUAGACGAAAAUCUCUAGUCCUCUAUCUCUGUCCAGAAAAUUUAGCUCCGUUGGGAUUUAAAACCCUGUUAUGAUGAGAUGUAAAUAAUGAUAUAAUAAAUAAAAAUACUCAAUUAUAAGAUGGAUGAUCAUGCACGAACAAUCAUAAAUUCUCAUGUUUUAAGGAAAAAAUCAGAGACCUUGUAACAGCUUGUAAAAGUGGCAAAGCAAUCACGUAAUUAUUGCCAGUGGUACAGCAAAUAUGUCGAAACGUUAAGCACAUUGAUUAGCAAUAAGUAAUGAAAUGCAAAAAUACCAGAACAUGUGAUAUUAUGUGUAGUAAAGAUUUAAAUGUUUUCCAACAAAAGGAAAUGAAG